AUUUGUUUAAUUGGCCUAUUGAUCCCUACUCCUACGGUCCUAGUCCUAGUCCCAUUGAAGAGAUAGAGAGAGAGAAAGAAAGAGAGAAGAGAAGAGAAGAGAAGAGAGAGAGAGAUCUGAGAUACGGAAAAACAAAAUCCUCGACAUUAAUUGCUCUUCAACGCCUAGUCUUCGUUUUUUAGAUUUUUCCUGCAGAAUACCACUCGUGCGCUGCCGACCCCAAGACUGUUUUCUUUCUCUCUGUCACUUUAUCUCUCUGUUUUCUUUCUCUCUCUAAAAUGGAUGUUCUUCUGGUCUUCUUGUUCUGUUCUUUCUUUCUCUAUCUGCUCUUCCUCAUCAUCUUCCCCUGUUCCUCCCGAUUCAGCUUCAGGAAACUGGGUCUUCCACCGGGAAACUUAGGUCUUCCCUUCGUCGGCGAGUCUCUGCAACUCAUCUCUGCUUACAAGACAGGGAACCCAGAACCCUUCAUCGACGACAGAGUGAAACGUUAUGGUUCCUUAUUCACAACCCACGUGUUCGGUGAACCCACAGUGUUCUCCGCUGACCCGGAAGUGAAUCGGUUCGUGUUGCAGAACGAAGGGAAGCUUUUCGAGAGCAGUUACCCAUCUUCGAUCUCGAAUCUACUGGGAAGACAUUCGUUGUUGCUUAUGAGAGGUGGAUUGCAUAAGAGGAUGCAUUCACUAACUAUGAGCUUCGGAAAUUCCACCAUCAUCAGAGACAUUCUCCUCGUCGACAUCGACCGGUUGGUUCGGGUCAAUCUCGAUUCCUGGACCGACCAUGUCUUCCUCCAAGACGAAGCCAAGAAGAUAACAUUCGCAUUGACAGUGAAGCAAUUGAUGAGCUACGAUCCAGGGGAGUGGACAGAGACUCUGAGGAAAGAGUAUUUGCUCCUAAUAGAUGGCUUCUUCUCCCUUCCUCUGCCUUUCUUCUUCACCACCUAUGGGAAAGCCAUCAGGGCAAGGACGAAGGUAGCAGAUGCACUAAGAGCUAUGGUGAGGGAAAGGAGAAGAGAGAAGGAAGAAGGAGAAGGAGAAGGAGAAGGAGAAGCAGAAGGAGAAGAAGAGAGUAAUAAUGAUAAGAAGAAGAAGAAAGACAUGUUAGCUGCGUUAUUGGGGGAUGGGGAAGGAGGGUUUUCUGAUGAGGAGAUUGUGGAUUUCUUGCUGGCUUUGUUGGUGGCGGGAUAUGAAACCACAUCUACCAUUAUGACCCUGGCCGUCAAGUUUCUUACUGAGACACCUCUUGCUUUGGCACAGCUCAAGGAAGAGCAUGAGGAGAUCAGAGCGAAGAAGAAGAGCCCUUCUGAUGCACUAGAGUGGAACGACUACAAAUCCAUGCCUUUCACUCAAUGCGUGAUUAAUGAGACAUUAAGGGUAGCCAACAUCAUUAGUGGAGUAUUUAGGCGAGCAACAGCUGACGUCCAUCUCAAGGGCUACACAAUUCCUAAAGGGUAUAAGGUAUUUGCAUCUUUUAGAGCUGUCCACCUCGAUCAUCUCUACUACAUAGAUGCUCGUACUUUUAACCCUUGGAGAUGGCAACAGAGCAACUCAGGUUCAUUGGGAGGAGGAAACACAGGAACAGUGAAUAUGUUCACACCAUUUGGAGGAGGCCCACGUCUCUGUCCAGGUUAUGAACUCGCCAGAGUUGAAAUCUCAAUUUUCCUUCACCAUCUCAUCACUGGCUUCACCUGGGUUCCAGCUGAAGAGGACAAAUUGGUGUUUUUCCCUACCACCAGGACUCUCAAGCAUUAUCCCAUCAAGGUCCAACGUAAACAUAGAUUGGUUUGAUUCCAAAAGAAAACAGAGCAAAGCAUCAAAGUGGGAGAAGAGAAGAUAAUAGAAUAGAAUAAAGAUUUGCAGAAAAGAGUAGAAGGAUGGCAAUAAGGAGAGGCUGAAAAGGUGUCAAAGAAAUUUUAAUUAAUCUAUAAUCUAUCAUCUCAAUAAAAGUUCACUUUUAGGA